AUGUCAGGUUCUAGUGAUGAUGAUAUAUUUAUUACCCAAACAAAGACUUGUGAAAUAGAUGAUUAUAAUUUAGAAACGGAUACUGUUCUUAGUGAUGCUCUGAAUUUGGAGGAAAAUUAUGUAAAAGAAGCCAUACAGUUACCAAACUUUGAUUUGAAGUACUCUGAUAUAAGCGAUGUUGAAACACCAAAUUUGCCAGAAAAUGCCAAGACUUCACUGAGGUUUUCCAAGCCCCUGAACGAUUCUGAUCUAAAGAAUUUGGUUAAAAGUGGUCUUAGUAUUAAAACUGAAAAUAAAACUAGAUGGGCAGUUAAUUUGUUUAGUAUGUGGAAGAAACACAGAAACAAUAAUAACUAUGAAGAAAAAGGUUUAUUUAAUCUUUCCAGUCAAGAAUUGAAUGAGGCACUUUCCUUUUUUAUAGCUGAAGUGCGUAAGGAAUCCGGUGAUAAUUAUAAACCAAAUACUUUGUAUGAGAUUAUUAUAUCUAUACAGCACUACCUUCGUCAGAAUGGACGUUUAAUAGCCUUUAUGGAUGAUCAAGAAUAUCAGGGUUUAAGAAGUGUUCUGAACAGUAAAAUGAAGGAGUUGUCGAGACUUGGACUGGGUAUUAAUACCAAGAAGUCAGAAGUUAUUACAAUAGAACAAGAAGAGAUUUUAUGGAGUAAAGGCUUGUUAGGUGAAAGUAACCCACAGCAGUUAUUGGAUACUCUUCUUUUCUUGUUUGGAUUACAUUUUGCACUGCGAGCUGCUCAAGAACACAGGAAUUUAAGGUUUGGUAUGAACACUCAAUUGUCUGUUAAGUAUGACUUAGAAGGUAUAAAAUAUCUGCAGUACAUAGAAGAUGUUUCAAAGACAAACCAAGGUGGUUUAGAUCACAGGAAAGUCAGUCCUAAAAUGACAAGAGCUUAUGAAAAUUCUAACCCAUUAAGAUGUCCAGUUAGAUUAUAUGAAAAGUAUAUAGCUCUGCGUCCAAAAAACGGUACAGUAGAUGCAUUUUAUCUGCGUCCCAAGAAGAUGCCAUGCUCUGAUGUUUGGUACUGUGAUUCUCCUGUAGGAAUUCAUACCAUACAGUCCACUGUUAAACGUUUAUGUCAGUCGGUUGGUAUAAUUGGAAACUUUAGUAUUCAUUCCCUUCGUGCCACAGCUGCAACUCGUUUAUAUCAAGCUGGAGUGGACGAGCAAUUGAUCACUGAAAAGACUGGACACCGAUCUAAUGCUCUACGAGCAUAUAAAAGAACAAGUGAUGCCCAGCAAGCCUCUGUGCGAGUGCAAGUCUGGGUUCAGUUUUUUAAAGUUGGUGAAAUCGACACAUUAAAAGAACAAUAUACAGCAGACGUCAUAGUUAGAGCAAAAUGGCGAGAACCAGCUUUAGACAGCGAAACACAAAUUGUUGGUGAUCUGUACGACUACCAUAAAUAUUGGAAUCCCAAACUUAGCAUAGAGAAUACAAUAGGAGAUCCCAAAGAAGUAGUUAGAUACAGGGUUGUAUACAAUAACAAAGGUGAUGCCUACCUCUCGGAGAAGCGUAUUAUUAAAGGAACUUUCAUGGAGAAUCUUGAACUCAAUCACUUUCCAUUUGAUGUUCAGGAUCUCACCGUGACUAUAGCCUCGGAGCUUCCCUCCUAUGAAGUAGAAUUAAUCGAGGACUAUGAUAACCGCCAUAUUGUUAACAGGUUAAGCUUUGUGGAUGAGCAGGAAUGGCAUCUAUAUGCUCAUACGGAAUGUGAAAAGAAAGAUUUGAUAAUUGACCAAAUUGACCAAAGUGUGAAAAGAUCAGCUUUAUCCGUAAAAUGUCGAGCAGCCAGGAGGCCCGGAUAUUUUGUAUGGAAUAUAUUUAUGGUUACGUUUUUGAUCUGUAGUUUAUCCUUCGCAACAUUCUCUGUCAAGAAAACACGCCCCGAAAAUCGUCUUCAGUUGUCAUUUACUUUAGUUUUAACAGCGGUAGCUUUUAAAUCGGUUGUUAACCAAAGCCUUCCAAGAAUAUCCUAUCUGACAUAUAUGGAUAAAUAUCUCCUAGCCUCAAUGAUAAUGUUAUCUAUGGUGUGUUGUUGGCAUGGCAUUGUCACCCAACUACCAGAUCCGGAAAAGGCAGAUUUUAUAGAAAGUAUAGUGCUUGGAUGUUUAACGAUUAUUUAUCUCUGCUAUAAUGUGGGAUUCCUAAUUCUUAUUUAUAUUUUUCCAUACCGGAAACGGAGAAGAAUGAAGCAAAAAGAUAAAAUAUACAAGAACGAGCUUAAAGGCAACCGAAAAGCGAAAUACUGA